GCAGCAGCAGGGAGGGAUGUGUUGUGUCAUCCAGGCAGCGCGGCAGACGCUCGGUCCUUCAGUCGGACUCCUUCAGCUCCAUCAUGGCUCUCAAUAUCCCCGGAGUGUCCGUGAUGAUGUUCUUCUACCUGCUGGUCCUCGGGAUCGGUAUCUGGGCCUCUUUCAAAUCGAAAAAGGAAGCCAAGAUGGUCCAGGGGGAUAAGACGGAGAUGGCGCUGCUGGGAAACCGGGGCAUCAACCUUGUGGUCGGCAUCUUCACCAUGACAGCUACAUGGGUUGGAGGAGGAUUCAUUGUGGGAACAGCGGAGGCAGUCUACAACCCCUCUAUGGGACUGAUCUGGGCCGUCAUGCCAAUUGCAGCAACCUUGUGUUUCAUCAUUGGUGGCCUGUUCUUUGCCGAGCCGAUGAGAAACAAUAAGUAUGUCACCAUGAUGGAUCCUUUCCAGAUCAAAUAUGGAAAAGUGCCGACGGCCGCUCUGUCCAUGGCUUCACUCGUAUCAGAGAUUAUGUGGGUGACAGGAACACUCAUAGGAUUAGGAGUCACCAUGAGUGUGAUCCUGGAUCUGUCCUACACUGUGAGCAUCUGGAUCUCUGCUGCUGUGGCCAUCACCUACACACUGAUGGGAGGUCUCUACUCUGUGGCCUACACAGACAUUAUACAGCUCAUCCUCAUAUUCAUCAGCUUGUGGCUGUGUGUCCCCUUCGCCCUGAUGUGCCCCGCUGUGGAGGACAUCACUGAGACGGCUUACAACUACACCUUCCAGUCUCCGUGGGUUGGGUCUCUGGAGUCAGACAGAGUCUGGAGGUGGAUCGAUAACUUUUUACUGCUGGGUUUGGGGAACUUGGGGCUUCAGAAUUUCCAUCAGAGGACGCUGUCAGCUGCCUCCUCAAGUACUGCCAAGAUCACCUGCUUCACCGCUGCGUUCAUCGUUCCCACAUUAGGCAUCCCUCCCAUACUCCUCGGUGCAGUGGCCGCAUCAACAGACUGGAACUUGACCUCUUAUGGUUCCCCGUCUCCAUUUGAACGCGGGGACACGGGUCUCAUCCUGCCGAUCGUCCUGCAGCACCUCACCCCAACCUACAUCUCCAUUAUCGGCAUCGGGGCCGUGGCCGCCGCAGUGAUGUCAUCGACUGACUCUGCCUUGCUUUCCGCCGCCUCCAUCUUCACCUCCAACAUCUACAGGAACAUACUUAGGACCCAGGCGUCAGAGCAGGAGAUCCAGUGGGUGAUCCGGGCGUCGGUAGUGGUGGUGGGUCUGGCCGGUACGUCUCUCACCUUCCUGGACAACAGCGUCCUGAUGAUCUGGAUGCUUCGAUCCGACCUCACCUACACUCUCAUGCUGCCUCAGCUCAUCUGCGUCCUCUUCUUCCAAAUCUCCAACGGUUACGGGGCCGUUCUGGGUUGCAUAGUAGGCGUGCUUUUGAGGAUCCUGUGCGGGGAGCCGCUGCUGGGGCUACCGGCCAUCAUCAAAUUCCCAGGAUGCAUUCUGGUAAAUGGUGUUUACAUCCAGCGUUCCCCAAUCAGAACCAUCUGCAUGCUCUCUGCUCUGGUGGCCAUCUUGUUUUUUUCCUACCUGGCGGAUCUGCUGUUCAACAAAGGUCUACUACCUGAGAAAUUGGAUGUUUUUAAAGUGAAAGUUCUGAACUCAUCACAAACACAAGGGGGCGAAAAAUCCGACACUAAAGAGGAGAGCUUGAAAGAACGAAAUGAAAACGAUGAAGCCUGUGAGCCGAUGUUAGAAUCAAGAUGUUAGGUAUGAGCCAUGAAUGCAAAUUUAAGUAAGAAACCUCAUUUCAAAUACAUUUUUAUAUUUUUUAAAAUGUACAUACUGGUUCAAAAGCAAACGUAUGCAAUGUGUAAUGACAAUUAAUUAUAGUACAGUAUAUUUUGAUUUUUUUGUAUACUUUUAUAUAUAGCAUAAAUGGAAAAAAUAAAAGCUAUGCUCUUUUAUUUAAGAGCUCAGCAUUUUCUCUGCAAUUUUAUGCAGCAGUGAUACUUUCAGGCAUGGGUUACUGUAUGAGAUGUGGUAGUCUUUUUAGCAACAUUUCCCUUUACGAUAACCUCAUCUCCAGAGCGCUGCUGUUGGUUGAAAACCACAACUUCAGUAUUUUGUUCAUGGAGGUGAAGGAGCGCAGUUUAAGAUCUUCUCAAAGCUUCCACAUAUUAUACACAAUACUACAAGACACUAUACAAAAUAUUGUUGUGAACCAUAAAAAAAAACUGUGGUGCAGGUUAUUCUUUCUUACAGUAGAGUUUUUCUGCUGUAAAACAUCCUUAAAUUCAUUUUAAACUAUAAUAUACGUACACUAAGCAGCUUUAUUAUGUUGGAGAAAAUGUGAUCAUUUAAACAUUAAAAAAAAAAAAAAGGUUAAAGGGGAACUUCACCAAUUUUACACAUCAAACUCUGCUUGCAGGUGUCGGGGAUUACUAUUGCAUAUGUGAAAAAGAACAGUUGUAUAAAGCCUUUUGUGGCUCCAGAGGGAGCUGUGUUUCAUUUUUAUCCUUUUAAAAAACUGUCCAUCGUGAGUCUGACAAUAUUAUAGGAGUGCAAUGUUAAAUCGGUGGAGUACUCUUUAACAACAGUGACUUCAAACUGAUUCUGGUUUCGGGGACCCUUGAACCAUUGGGCCCUUGGUUUUUUUUGCACGGUAGUUAAGGUUAUUUUACAUUUGAUCAAACACUGUCUUGAUUUUUGUGCAGGCUACAGCAUAUAAAACAAUUACUGGUCACAUGAAAGUAUCUAAAUGUUCCAAUAAAAACAUUUU